ACAUUUAGCUCAGAAUCCAUUUGUGUGCGACUGCCAUUUGAAGUGGCUGGCUGAUUACCUGCAGGAUAAUCCGAUAGAAACCAGCGGCGCUCGAUGCAGCAAUCCGCGUCGCCUUGCCAACAAACGAAUCAGCCAGAUCAAGAGCAAGAAGUUCCGCUGCUCAGGGUCAGAGGAUUACAGAAGUAAAUUCACUGGGAAGUGUUUCAUGGACCUUGUCUGUCCUGAGAAGUGUCGCUGCGAGGGAACAAUUGUAGACUGCUCUAACCAAAAACUCACCCGAUUACCCAAUCACCUUCCUGAAUAUACUACUGAUCUGCGUUUGAAUGACAAUGAUAUUUCUGUUUUGGAAGCUAUUGGACUCUUCAAGAAAUUGCCCAACCUCAGAAAAAUAAAUCUAAGCAACAAUAAGAUCAAGGAGAUCCGAGAAGGCACAUUUGACGGAGCUUCAGGAGUGCAGGAACUGAUUCUGACAGAGAAUCAGCUGGAAUCAGUGCAUGGACGAAUGUUUAGAGGCCUCACAGGGCUAAAGACACUGAUGCUGAGGAGCAACUCUAUCAGCUGUAUAAACAACGACACCUUUGCUGGACUGAGCUCAGUGAGGCUUCUUUCUCUGUAUGACAAUCACAUCAGCACUAUCACCCCUGGAGCCUUCAGCACAUUAGUCUCUUUGUCUACAAUUAAUUUGCUGGCUAACUCCUUUAAUUGUAACUGCCAUUUGGCCUGGCUGGGAAAAUGGUUGAGGAAGAAGAGAAUUGUCAGUGGAAAUCCACGCUGCCUGAAACCCUUUUUCUUAAAGGAUAUUCCGAUCCAAGAUGUAGAUGUCCAGGACUUCACCUGCGAUGGUAAUGAUGAAAGCAGCUGCUUGCUUUCACCUCCUUGUCCUUCCCAGUGUACCUGUGUGGACUCAGUGGUACGUUGCAGCAACAAAGGGCUGCGGAUAUUGCCCAAAGGAAUUCCCAAAGACGUGACUGAGCUAUACCUGGAAGGAAACCAGCUGACUGCUGUGCCAAAGGGGCUUUCCACCUUCAGACACCUGACACUGAUUGAUUUGAGCAACAACAGCAUAAGCAUAUUGGCCAAUUACACCUUCAGCAACAUGACUCAAUUAUCAACACUCAUCUUGAGUUACAACAGACUUCGGUGCAUUCCAGUCCACGCGUUCAAUGGGCUCAGGUCUCUUCGAGUGCUGACGCUCCAUGGAAACGAUAUUUCCAGUGUUCCUGAAGGUUCUUUCAACGACCUGGUAUCCCUGUCCCAUCUGGCUCUAGGUACCAACCCUUUGCACUGUGAUUGCAACCUCCGCUGGCUUUCUGAGUGGGUGAAGGCAGGGUACAAAGAACCAGGGAUAGCCCGCUGCAGCGGGCCUGACGCCAUGGUGGACAGGCUGCUGCUCACAACGCCGACUCACCACUUCCAGUGCAAAGGUUACCAGCAAGUACAUGAAGAUGGAGCUAUGUUUAUCAUGGAAAAGAUGGGUCAGUAG